ACCUGCCGCUGGGGUCCGACCUGGGGCCGGAGGUCUCCGGACAGGACUGGGUGGGGGGGCAGACUUGAUGAGGGAGAGGGAGCUCGGUGCCUGUGGCAAAACCCGACCUGGGGAUAGCGGUCCAGACAGGCAUUGGUGCAUGUGCCCUCGUAAGGCGGCAGGGCCAGCAAGGACUAGAGAGACUGGCCUUGUCUCCCUGACUGCCACUGCUUCUUUGAGGCCUUCUGUGCUCUUUCCCCCGAGGACGGAAAGCCCAUUCGUUGGGAGCUUCUUGGAAAGCAGGGUCCUGUGUGGCUGCCAGGAUUCCGAAGACCUUUCUUUGUUGCUGCUCUUCUUGCGACGCUAUGGCAUGUUUUUUAUCUGCUGGAACGAGUUCAUCUUGCAGCCCAUCUACAACAUGCUCACGGGUGACAGAAAGGAGCGGCGCAUCCUGCGUUAUGUGCUGCAGCAUGCAGUGGCCGGGGACCCACAGAGCGUGAUGGAGACCAUCGAUGCCUACUGCUCACAGAAGGAGUGGGCCAUGAACGUGGGAGACAAGAAAGGCCAGAUCGUGGAUGCAGUGGUGCGGGAACAACAACCCUCGGUGUUGCUGGAGCUGGGUGCUUACUGCGGCUACUCGGCUGUGAGGAUGGCCCGCCUGCUGCCGCCCAGCGCCCGCCUCCUCACCAUCGAGUUCAAUCCCGACUUUGCUGCCAUCACCCAACAGAUGCUGGACUUCGCAGGCCUGCAGGACAGGGUAACAGUUGUCGUCGGGGCAUCCCAGGACGUUAUCCCCCAGCUGAAGAAGAAAUAUGAUGUGGACACGCUGGACAUGAUCUUUCUCGACCACUGGAAGGACCGGUACCUGCCAGACACACUCCUCCUGGAGGAGUGUGGCCUGUUACGAAAGGGUACAGUGUUGCUGGCUGACAACGUCAUCUUCCCAGGAGCACCCGAGUUUCUGGCAUACGUGCGUGGGAGCAGCCGCUUUGAAUGCACACACUUCUCCUCCUACCUGGAAUACUCACAGGUGGUGGAUGGCCUGGAGAAGGCUGUCUACAUGGGCCCGGGCAGCCCAGCACAGCCUUGACUGCCUUCCCAGCUCUGGGUCACUUGCCAAGCCUGGUUAAGAAGGGCAUGAUGGAUAUGCUGCUGCCAACUCCGCUUCUGCACUUCUGGGCUCUGUCCUUAAUGCAGCACACUUGAGGCCUGCAAGGCCAAGGCCAGCUCUCUGCACAAGGCUCCACACACUGACCCACCCCAAGAACAACCUGCUCACUAUGCAAAAUAUCUGGAAAGUGUCUGUAAAUCCCAAAUCAGGGUAGGUGGUGCCCAUGACAGUGUCACUCACCCCACCAGCUUCCAGUAGGGUUUCUUACAUGGACUGGUUCUUGGACACAGGAAACGGGGGGGAAGUUGGGAACAUCUGGAAACUCAGGCUAUGCACUCAGUCUGUCCUCGAGCUUUGCUGUCACCAAGUGGCAGCAAUACCUUGGUGAUGGCACUCUGACCAACAACACAUCAUACCUGUAAUUCCUCUGGGUUCUUUUAUCUCCUUUUAAGAAUGAAAUGCAACUCAAUAAAAUUGGCUGUUAAUGAUUUUAUAUACUAAUAGGAUUAAAAGAUGCUGAAAUAAUGAUUAAAGAUCUAAAUAAGUGUUUA